GAGAUAUUUCUCUCUCUCUCACGCUGUCUCUCCGCCCCCCUUUAAGACCAAAUCUCUCUCUCACUCUCUCCGCCAUAGCCAGUGCUCGUCAACCUCCUCUCUGCACGCGCUUCGUUAACCUCAGAGAGAGAUUCAAAACACGCGAAGAUAGGGGGAGAGAGAUAUAUCAGUUGUCUAUAUACACACGCCCACGUAUAUAUAGAUUUCGGAGUUUGAAUCUGACCUGGGGAGUGGUUUCAGAUCGGAUCAGAUCGGAUUUCGAGAUGCAGACGACGAACGGUUCAGAUUCGGCCUCGGCGGCGACGACUCCGCCUCAGCAGCAGCAAACACCUCCACCGCCGCAGCAGCAGUGGCAGCAGCAGCAGCAGGGGAUGGCGGCGGCGGCCAUGCAGUAUCCGGCAGCGGCGAUGGUGAUGAUGCAGCAGCAGAUGAUGAUGUAUCCUCAACAUUACGUGCCGUACAACCAAGCUCCUUAUCCUCAUCAUCAGCCUCACCAUCCUCAAUUCCAAUACGCGCCUUAUCAGCAACAGCAUCAUCCCCUUAACCAGCAGCAGCAACAGCAACAGCAGAAGCAUCUCCAGCGUGGAUCUGGUGAUGAUGUGAAGACUCUCUGGGUUGGCGAUCUUCUUCAUUGGAUGGACGAGACUUAUCUCCAUAGCUGCUUCUCUCACAGCGGCGAGGUUUCCUCUGUUAAAGUUAUACGUAAUAAACAAACUUGUCAAUCAGAAGGAUAUGGGUUUGUUGAGUUUUUUUCACGUGCAGCGGCUGAGGAAGUUCUUCAAAACUACAAUGGUUCUCCAAUGCCCAAUGCCGAUCAGCCCUUCCGUCUAAACUGGGCGUCUUUUAGUACGGGUGAAAAAAGGGCAUCAGAAAAUGGUUCUGAUCUCUCUAUAUUUGUGGGUGAUUUGGCUCCUGAUGUCACUGACACUUUGUUGCAUGAGACCUUUGCUAGUAGUUAUCCAUCUGUUAAAGGUGCAAAAGUUGUGAUUGAUUCCAACACUGGUCGGUCCAAAGGUUACGGUUUUGUGAGGUUUGGAGAUGAGAAGGAGAGAUCGAGGGCUAUGGUAGAAAUGAAUGGUGUUUUCUGUUCAAGUAGGCAAAUGCGUACAGGCAUUGCGACCCCCAAACGGGCAGCUGCUCACCAGCAACAAUAUUCCUCACAAGCUCUAAUACUGGCUGGUGGUGGUGGACAUGGAGCAAAUGGUUCUGUGACUCAAGGCCCUCCAUCUGAUGGCGAGUCCAUAAACUCAACUAUAUUUGUCGGAGGCCUUGACGCUGAUGUUACUGAUGAAGACCUCAGGCAACCUUUUUCCCAGUUUGGGGAUGUUGUCUCGGUGAAGAUCCCAAUAGGAAAAGGAUGCGGGUUUGUUCAGUUUGCCGACAGGAAGAGUGCCGAAGAAGCCAUUCAAACGUUGAACGGGACAGUAAUCGGCAAGAACACUGUCCGGCUUUCUUGGGGACGAAGCCCAGGAAACAAGCAGUGGCGAUCUGACUCUAGCCACCAGUGGAACGGGGGGUACACACGAGGAGGACAAGGUUAUAACAACAACAGCAAUGCGUAUACUAACCAGGAUUACGCUUCUGCAGCUGAUGCGGUUCCCGGGGCAUCUUAAAGUUGGGUAUGACAGUUACGAAAAACCCGUGAGUUUACCUUUCGGUUUAUCAUGGGAAGUUGGGUUUCGAACUAGGCACUGAAUCAAGUGGUUCAGUGUGGUGGCAACGGUUUAGGGUUUAGCUCCCCCCCCCCCCCAAAAAAAAAAAAAAAAAAAAAAAAAAAACUAAACUGAAUCUGUAGUGGAAGACAAUUUUGUAGCUGGAUUUUUGAAUAUUUGGUUGUGUUAUGUUGUUGGAGUUGUGUUAGGAAGAAGGAAGAAACCAGUCUAAAAGUUUUGAAAGGGUCUGUCUGAAAAGAGAGAGCUCAUCUUUUAUUACAUUGGUUCAGGACAGAAGUUAUUUAUCAUUGAAUAUUUGGUUUGGUUU